AGAUUAUGAUAAGUGAAGAUGUAUAAAAGGAUGGUAAUUGUGUUCACGGUUAGUUAGUGAAUACACAGCCAUGAGGCCAGUCUUAUUAAUAUUUGGGAUUUUGUUGGGACUCGCCAACGCAAAUGUAAGAGUUCGUAGAGGAUACGGCGGCGGAGGCGGAGGCGGUGGCGGAGGUGGAUUUGGCUUCGGAGGUGGCGGCGGAUAUGGAUACGGAGGAGGUGGUGGUGGCGGCACUGGAGGUGGCUUCGGAGGUGGCCUGGAAGGAGGCUUUGACGCCAUCCGCGAAGGAGUCAAUGGAAUUAUUGGCAAAGUCUCUUCUGGAUUCAGCCAUCUUGGAGCCGGAUUCAGCGCAAGCGGUGGACUCGGAGGUGGCUCUGGAGGUGGUCUCGGAGGUGGCUCUGGAGGUGGCCUCGGAGGUGGCAGUGGCGGCGGUCUCGGAGGUGGCAACGAGAAAGUGAUUUAUACGAAAUCAAACGAUGGAAAGUCGGGUGGUUUCGCUUUCACUGGAACGACUGGGAAUGGUGGUUAUGGAGGCGGCGGUGGUUACAGUGGCGGCGGAGGCGGGAGCGGUUACGGUGGCGGUAGCGGCUUCGGAGGUGGUGCCGGCGGCGGUAAAGGAGGCAGUGGUGGAUACGGAGGUGGCGGCCUAGGCGGCGGAUCUGGUGAAUUCGGAGGUGGUCAUGGCGGAUCUGGCGGAUUUGGAGGAAGUGGUGGACUUGGCGGUGGCUCGGGAGGAGGACUUGGCGGUGGCUCGGGAGGUGGACUUGGCGGUGGCUCGGGAGGUGGACUUGGCGGUGGUCACGGUGGUGGCAACGGCGGAGGCCAUAGUGGUGGCACCGGCGGAUACGGCGGCGGUAGCAGUGGAUCUGGUGGGCUUGGAUUUGGAGGCUCAAUUGGUUUUGGAGGCGGUUCUGGCGGCGGACUUGGAGGUGGAUCUGGUGGGGGCAACGGAGGCGGCCAUGGAGCAUCUGGUGGUCUCGUCAGUGGAAGCGGUGGUUCUGGAGGGUAUGGCGGUGGAGCUGGCCUGGGCGGAGGCUCUGGCAGCGGUCUAGGCGGUGGUCAUGGAGGGUCUGGUGGUUUUGGAGGUGGAAAUGGUGGAUCAGGGCAUGGAGGCGGUAACGGCGGUGGUCUCGGGGGUGGAUCUGGAGGUGGUCUGGGGGGUGGAUCUGGAGGUAGUCACGGUGGUUCUGGAGGAUUUGGCGGAGGCAGUGGAGGUACCGGCGGUGGUUUUGGAGGCUCUGGCGGCUUUGGAGGCAACGGCGGUGGUCUUGGUGGGGGAUCCGGAGGUGGCUUUGGCGGAGGCUCUGGAGGCGGUCUUGGCGGUGGUCAUGGUGGAUCUGCUGGAAUAGGCGGCGGUGGGAGCGGUGGAUAUGGUGGAUUAGGUGGUUUUGGCGGUAGCUUGAGUGGUGGACUUGGUGGAGGACAUGGAGGUGUUGGAAGCCUCGGCGGAGGUCACGGUGGUUCCAAUGGAGGCUCUGGUGGUUACGGCGGCGGUGGUUCUGGUGGAUGCGGAUCCGGAUCUUGUGGAGGGUGCGGGUCUGGCUCGUGCGGCGGUCAGGGGGGAGCAUUCGUGUCCGCUAAGGCUUCAGCGACCGCUUCUGCCAGUGCUGGUAGUUAUGGCAAAUAACUAAACCUUAUUAGAAGCAUAACUAUGCCAUAAAACCUGAAUUUAAGUACAUGAAAACAAAAUUUGUAAUAUCAGUAAAAAAAUCUUGAUAUAUCGUGCUGCAGUUAAAUUAACUGAAAAUACUAAAUAUUUAUACUAAUAUUCAUACUCUAGAUUUGCGCUUGCUAAAAAAAACUGACUUUUUACAUUUGUAUCUUAAGAUCUACUUAUACUGACUGUAUCUACUUAGAUCAAUGUCAUCUAUAAAAGUGUUAAUAACUGUAUUAAUUAAAACGAGUACAUACUUACGCUAUUAACUCUAGAUUCAGAAUUGAUACAAUUUGUUGGAUUCAUUCAAUAAAAUUGACCUCUUAUAAGAUAAGACGUACAGUCAUUUAGAAAAUUUCAACUAAAAUCUGGCCAAUUUUGCUUUGAAAGUUUUAUUGGUAAAGAAAAUUAUACAUAAAGGCCUUUAAAAAUAGUCCAAUAUUCAAUAAAAUCCCAAAUUCAGGGAAAAUUCAACCUUGAGUUUAAGGUUGAAUUUGCUAAUGCGACUACUUGAAUUGAGUGCCAAGAAGUUGUGUUUGGCACUCAUUGAGUUUUAGUCGCUGAUUGUGCAUCCGUUUUUUAAUAGGAGAUCGAUGAAUACAUUACAUAAAACGAUCAUUUGUCAACUGUCACGUAUUUAUUAUUGUUUGCAAUGUAUAAUUAUAAUAAUACAUUCAAUGCCGCUUAAUCCAUUUACGUAAUGAUUAUAUAUUUUUUUUGUCUAUUGAUCGAUGUGAUAAAAACUCGCUAACUGAGAUUAUAAUUAAGAAUGGACAACGUCUCGUGAGAUUUCUGUGAUUGUAUUGUUUACGAUAGUAAAUUACUGUUUUAUUUUUAAGUUUGAAGUAUUGAAUAUAAGUUUUAUAGCAAAU